GGUGGCUGUGGUGGCGGUGGUGGCGGUGGCGGCGGUGGUGGUGGCGGUGGCGGCGGUGGUGGCGGUGGUGGCGGUGGUGGUGGCGGUGGCGGCGGUGGUGGUGGCUGUGGCGGCGGUGGUGGCGGUGGUGGCGGUGGUGGCUGUGGCGGCGGUGGUGGCGGUGGUGGUGGCGGUGGUGGUGGCGGUGGUGGCGGUGGUGGCUGUGGCGGCGGUGGUGGUGGUGGCGGUGGUGGCGGUGGUGGUGGCGGUGGUGGCGGUGGUGGUGGCGGUGGUGGCGGUGGUGGCUGUGGCGGCGGUGGUGGUGGUGGCGGUUCGCGUGUGCCGCCCGCCGCCGACACCGCCGCGCCACGUGGCGGCGUGAUGAAGUGA